CUUAUGUCACACAAAGCCACACGAAACAAAUCAAAUCAAACCGAGAAGAAAAAAUUAAUAGGAAAAUUUUGCAAAAACUUUUCGUGCGUCCGCAUAUUUUUUUUUAGAAUUCAAAAGUGAAAAUAGUUGUGUGAAGAAGAAGGAGAACGGAGAACGGAGAACGGAAAGGAGGUGAAGGCAGAUGCAACAUACACUCAUCGAGCUUAGAAUGAAAAGUGAAUUAGUACAUGCGAGUGAAAAUUGAGAGUUGAAAUAAAAAAAAAAAUCUGAAGAAGAGAAGAGAAUAGUGCGGAAUUUGCGAGAAAAUCGAGCAAACAGUGAAAACCCACAACAAAGAGAGUUAAAAACUAAACCAAAGCACAUACAAAAACAAUUAUGAUGUUCACGAAACAAAUUAUACUCUUCGCAUCGAUAUUUGCGAUUAUUUGUGCAUCAAAAGAGCAAUCAAGUGAAGGUGGAUUUGUUGCAGCCGAGAGCAAUCAUAUUUAUAGUCAACCAAUUCAAGAUAAUAUCGCAGCUGAAUCGGAAGUGGCAAAACGUGGUGCGGCCGUAGCAACAACGUCCACAGCCACCAACAAUGAAAACCAAGGGCAGAGCUCACCGGUUGAUGUUGGUACAAACAGUGGUUCGGGAUCAAGUGGUGUGAUUAGUUUCAAUACACCAAACAGUUUCCAACAAUUCUUUUCACCAACAUUCGGACAAUUUGGACAAUUCGGACAAUUCGGAGGACUUUAUGCAGCAGCUUUGCUCCCACAAUCAUCCACCAACAAUCCACAGAUUUUCUAUGUGCGUGCACCAUCACAAUACGUGACUCCAAGUGGUGUUGGAACGAUUAAACUGUCGUACACAUCGAAUUCUGCACAACCUCAGACAACGGUGCAAUAUGCUUCAACAACGCCAAAGGUUGCUUACGCGAUUGCACCCAACCAACAAUACCAAUUGGCUAUUGCAGCCACACAACCAAAUCCAUAUGUAUAUUCACCCGUUGGUAUUGCCAGUCCGUACACAACGAGUGCCUAUACAAAUCCCAACAGUUACUCAACGGCAACAACAAAUAAUGCUGCCUCUGCUCAAUUACCUGCCGCUUCGCUGCAGCAGGGUCAAAUCAUCCCGUACACAGCAUCCUCGAAUGGCAUCUAUUUGACUUCAUCACAAUUACAGCAACUGGGCUAUGCUAUUCCACAAUCGGUUGGCGCUCCAGCCACUGCUCAACCAUACACAUACACGACAGCAACACCGAUUUUGCCCAGUGUACCCAAAAUUGGAACGACCGUGGUCACGCCAACAGCUGCUGCCUACUAUUCGGCCGCACCAGCAAGCCAAGCAUACCAACAAACACCCACAUUCCUUUCAUACCAAAAUGCUGGAUUGAAUUAUGCAACUGCACAGAAACUAGUGGCUUAUCCAACAUAUACUCAAGCAACAUAUCGUCCGAUUGUACCUCCAACACCGGCAACGGCUUCGUCAGCUUAUACAAACGCAUAUAUCCAACCAACCGGAGGCGCUCCAGUAAAAGUAAGACACAAUCAACAACGAAUAACAAACAAUCGAACCAAUUCGAUUCACAUCAUUUGCUCACAUUUCCAACACAGUGCUAGUCAAGCCAUCGCAGCAGCAGCAGCAGCUCAAGCCCCAAAUCCAAACUACCAGUAUGCAACAUCGCAAUUAUAUCAACCGUCAUUGUCAGCGGCGAAGUCGUAUGGGUACACACAAAUACCAACCGCACAAAAAUACUUCUACGCAUCAUCGUAA